AUGCCGCGUAAGAAGCCGACCACAGAAUCGGAAGACGUCUUACAAUUACGAUGCAUGUGGGAGACAGUUUCUGUGUACCAAUUUGUGGGGCUUUUCCGAUCUAAAUUCCAUUUCAGCCAAUUUGACUUAGAGGAUUUUGAAUACAGCUUGGCUCAAGAGGAGAGCAUUGUGGUUGCAGACAUAUUUGCACGACUGUUGCGUUUUUCUUUACGACGGACAGAUAUCCAGAUUUUCAACUGGGAAGGACAUAUUCACCAGUUUAUCAAAGAAAAGGCUUCAAGAAGUAAGGGGUACUUGAGUAGUGUCCCAUACAGGGCUCUUAGCCCAAGUGAUAGGCUUUUGUUGCUGAAGAGGUUAAUAGAUACAGUGUAUGCUUGCAACGGUGAGGAACUCACAGACUAUUUGGAUGACCAUUACAGUCCAGAUGAUAUGAGAUUUCUGUCUGUUGGACAGGAUGCACUGAGUAACCAGUAUUGGUAUUUUAAUGGUUUGCGAUUGUACAAAGAUCAAGUGAGUCCCAAGAAAGGCAAGACAGCGUGGCAGUGCAUCUGUAAGGGUCUUGAAGAGUGGCAGGCAUUUCUCAAGUCCAUCUGUAAGAGUGUACACCCUGAUGAGAUAACGUUGUAUCACUACCUGCAUGAUGAAGUGAUGCCCAUCAUCCAAGGUGCAUUGGAGGACAAAAAAUUAGAAGCCAAACAAAAAAGGAAGCGUUUGAAACAAGCUGCGAAAGAGGGAAGAGAAGCUGAAGUGUUGCGAGAAUACAGCCUGCCUAAAAUCGACUACCAGGAGAUUUUGCACCGGGAAAGACAAGACAUUUCCAAGAUGUCAGACGAGUUGACAAAGUUAGCCCAAUUGGCUAACAGUGCGGACUUGCAGGUCAACACCCAAACGCUUCAUUCACCAUCAUUACCUACUAUCAAGGAGGAAAGCAGGAAACGACUGGAUGACAAUGGAAUCAAAGGGGAGAAUAGUGACUUAUCAAGCAAGAUGUGUGUUAAUGUGAAAAUGGAGAAAGUAGGAACCAGAGCCAAGAUGGGCAAGGAUAGUGAAGAGGAGGACUCAGUAUUUCUACCUGAUCAUAAUUUGGGCAAUGGACCGGAUAGAAACAAAGAUGAAAAGGUGCCUCCACGAGGCAAGCGGAAACUUGACUCCAAGCUGAAAGAAUUGGAUUUGUGCAGUAACGAUGGUGAUAGAGACAAUAUGAAGAUGUCCAAGUCCAACGGAGAAAACAAUAAGAUAGCAGAUGGUGUUGGACAUGGAGGAAUGUCUGCUCCUAUGAUGCCCUAUCAGCAACCAUCACACUUCCCUAUGACAAACACACAGGAAGUCUGUGUCUUCUCUACAAGACUAGCCAAUCAGGCUGCACAUGCUAUGUUUACUGGCCAAGCUGAUUCUAUUCUCUCAUUUCAUCGGUCACUUUCUUCAAACAGGGACUUUCUUCUCCCUGAGCAGGACAUGGAUCCUAUGCGUCCACAAGACAGCAUGCAUUUGCCAAAUCAACAUCCCCCACUAAACUUCAGUCAACAUAACAUGGGUCAACCUCAUCCAAUGAUGAUGGAUCACAACACCACCAAUCAAUUGAAAGGAAUGGCACUGAAUCCACCUCCACACCAGGCAGCCUCAGUCCCUCAUAUGCAGCCACAGCAGCAGAUGCUGGAUGCUGUGACAAAUGAGCAAACUAAGCCAGGUGGUGGACGUAAGCGCCCUGACAGGCCAAACUCAACUACUGCUGAUAGUAGCAAUGCCACCAAGAAUCAUACAACUUCCAACAAAAGUGUGUCUGGAGAGGGAAUCGUGGGCAAGCAGAGUGACUCAAGCAGUGGCACAACCACAUCUAGUGUUACCAAGUCCAAGUCGAAAUCCUCAAAGAGGAAGAGGCCACCUUCCUCAACUCAGCCAUUGCAACCCAACAUUUCUCAAGGACCUACGUUAUCAGGAAUGCCACCCGGACCAAAUUUUGGACCAUUUCCUCAACAACCGUUUAGUCCAAACCAGUUUCCACCACAUCAACAACAAAUGCCUGGAAUGCCAAGUAUUGGGAUGCGCCCUCCGAUACAAAGUGGCCCUCCACAGUCAGGACCGCCAUUUCAGGUUGAGGCAACAGAAACUGAAAAUCUGGAUCCAAGUGCACUGUGGGAGAAUCCGCCUAGCAACAAAAAGACGCAGAAAAAUGCAAAUUUAGCUUGGCAACAGGAACAGCAGAUACGUAUGAUGCAACAACAGGUGCCAGGACCUCACUUACCCAUGAUGCAACACCAGCAGUCACCAAUGAUGUCACCAUGCCACGAGCCAAUGAUGCCAAGUCGUCCCUUCCCAGAAGGUGGUCAGUCACAUGAUCCUUCCGACAUGGGACCCUUUUCACCUUCAUCAGGUGUACAUGUAGGCCCACAAUUUGAGCCUUCAAAUUACAAGCCACCUCAACAAAUAGAUAAUCCCACUCCAGAACAGUUGAGGCACAGGGAAGAACGGUUAAGAACUUUGAAAGAAAUGCAGCGUUUGUUGUUUCCAGAGGAGCAUCAAAACAGAUCUCCAACUCCUGGGAGGUUGAUCUCUCCAAGUGGUGGUAUGGGAUCUCCUCAAGGUGGUAUGAUGGCUCCCCAACCAGGUAUGAUGAGACCAUCAGGACCUGGCAUGAUGGGUCCCCAACCAAGACCCAUGAUGCAUCUAACUAAUAUGGGACCACAUCCUAACAUGGACAACCCAGAUGCUACAAUGGGACCCGAUCAACGUAUGACGCAGGAGCAGAUGAUCAUGCCCCCACCGCCUGAUUGGGAUAACAUGACCCAACCGCAGAAGGAGUGGUAUAAACUUCAACAUGAGUUUUACACGCACAAAAGACGCAAGAUUGAUCAAAUGAAAAUUGGUCAUGGUCCAGUUCCAAUGUCUGAGCUGCAUGGACCUGGAUAUAGGGACCCUAUGGAUAUGGGACCGUUUCACCCUGGAAUGCCAGGUGGACCAGGGAUGGGUCCAGGACCUGGAAUGGGACCUGGAAUGGGACCUGGAAUGCCAGGAGACCCAGGAAUGCCGCCAGGGGCUGCCAUGGGCAGGUGUUUGCCACCAGAAAUAGAUAUGACAAAUCAGGGAGCAUCUGGUCCAGGAAUGACUGGCUCUGGAAUGCCAGGUAUGCCUGGCCAAGGAAUGCCUAUGCCAGAUAUGCCCUCCCAAACAGGCCAAGGUAUGCCUCCACCACCUCCGUAUCAUGGAACUCACAAUGCAGCCCAACCAAACAUGCCUAGGCGGUCUAGCCUUUCUGGAUCUGUUCAGCAGUCAUUAAAUCAAUCAGCACCGCCAUUACCAAUGUCCCCACAUCAAAUUCAAUCCGGACAGCCAUCCCCAAGAGCUAAUCGAACUAACUCACUCCCUACUUCAGGGUCUUUGCCCCAAGCAUCAAGUUCAACUACUCCAAGUAAUCCCACUGGACAGAUGGCAGCAGGGAAUGACAUUAAACCCACCAGUAUUUCAUCCAGUAGUAUGCAAUCAGGACAUGGCUCCUCUGUAAAUGUUACAAGUGGAGUCAUGUCUUCGGGAUCUGGUCCAACAGGAACAACCUCAGUAGCUGCAGUAUGUGCUGUACCCGCUACCUCAGGAUCCCAGUUGCCAAGCACGCAAGCAGGACCAGUCUCUCGCCAACCCAUGUCACCACAGCAGGACAGUCCAUAUCGACAAAGUCAUCAACCACCAACACCAACGAAUGUCUCGACUCCAAACACCCCAGGUGAUUCUACCAUAGGCGGUAAAUCACGUACUACAGGCAGCAGUGUAGAGCAGUCACCCAGACCCCCUCAACCUGGAACACCUGUUGGGGAUACAAGUUCCCAGACAGUGAGGAUUAAUCAGAGUGGGGGUUCCCAGCCUGGAACCCCUAAUUCAGGCCCAGUUAAUGGAAGCAGGCAAGGGGUGUCUACCCCAAGCAGCAUUACACCUCCAGUAGUCAAACCUGGCUCCGACUCAUCCACUACCAAAUCCACUGAUGGACAACUUGCUCAAAGUUCAGCCAACCAAAAGCCUGUAGAAAGUGUUGCAGGUGGAGCCACAAACACAUCUGCUCCGCAGCAAAGGUUGGUCAAUUUUCCUCCGAGUCAGUUGAACAGGGACAAGGCACCAAAUUUCCCGCCACGUGGAGAAGAUCCGCAGCAGUAUGCAUCAACUUUUUAUCAAAAGGCCUCAAAGGAAUCCGCAAAACCUAGGUAUUAUGGACCAGGUAGUCCUAUGGGAUCAGAUAUAAUGGGACAGAGUGGAGAAAAUGUGACUCCACAGUCUGGGUUGAUGAGGUCACAGCAAGAUAUGGCCACUUCACAACCUGGAAUGAUGGGACCUCAACAAAGAAUGAUGACUCCACAGACUUCUAUUAAUUCACAGCCGGACUUGAUGACAUCUCAAACAGGGAUGAUGACAUCACAGCAAAGAAUGAUGGCAUCACAAUCGGGAAUGAUGACAUCACAGCCAGGAAUGAUGACAUCACAAGCAGGAAUGAUGACAUCACAGCCAGGAAUGAUGACAUCACAAGCAGGAAUGAUGACUUCAUUGCCGGGAAUGAUGACUUCACAGCCAGGAAUGAUGCCAUCACAACCAAGGAUGAAAAAUCCACAAGAAAUUAUGACAUCACAACCGAGGAUGACAAAUCCGCAAGAAAUGAUGACAUCACAACCCAGGAUGACAAAUCCGCAAGAAAUGAUGACAUCACAACCGAGGAUGACAAAUCCACCACCAGAAAUGACAUCCCAGCCAAAGAUGACUGCACCACAGGAAGCAAUGACAUCACAAUCAAGGAUGACUACACAACAUGAAAUGAUGACUUCACAACCAAGAAUGACUGCACCACAGGAAAUGACAUCUCAACCAAGGAUGAUGCCUCCCCAUUCAGUAUCAAAUGUCGGAGACAAGAACAUACCACAGCAAGGUAUCAUGCAAGAAUCAGGAAUGGUGAGACCACAUUCUGACAUGAUGCCCCACCCAGGAAAUAUGACACCACAACAAGAUAUGAUGACCUCACAACACAGAGGAAUUAUGUCUCCUCAAACUGAUAUGAUGGGACCACAUGACUCCAUGCCACCUCAAUCUGGCCUGAUGCAACCUAGAAUGCCUACCUCACAACAAAUGAUGGCACAACAGGCCAGUCCAAUGACAUCCAGGCAAGGGAUGAUGUCACAAAUUAGGAUGGGUCCACCGAGUGGCUUAAUGGGAUCCCAUGGCAAUCCUGGUAUGCCUCCAGAUGACAUGAUGCUACCACAUGGAAAUAUGACUUCACAAGCAGGCAUGAUGAUGUCACAGGGUAGCAUGACGACAUCACAAACUGGCAUGAUGCCACAGCAGAGGAUGAUGUCACCACAGGCUGCUAUGAUGCAUCAACAGGGCAUGUCACCCCAGACAAGAAUGUCUUCACACAGUCCUGUCAUGGAGCCACACCCAAUGGGCUUAGACCCGCAUCCCAUGGAUGUACCCAUGGGUUAUUACCCAAUGCUUGGCAGUAUGCCUAACAAUGCAGGUAUGCAGGACAUGCGUGGAAUGCACAACAUGCCUAAUAGGUACCCAGGACCAAAGCAAAUGCACAGGACAUUACCAGUGUCUUCAACCAUGGGACCUAAUCCAGGACCUGUGGGAAGGACUAGCAUGCCGGGAGGUGGAUCCCCAAUGAUGCACAUGGAUGGAAACCUGCGAGAAACAAUGAUGCAAAUGGAAUCCAAACCCAUCAGCCAAUCGCAGGCUGGUAGGACGGUUCACACAUCCUCCCCAAGUCCUCUCUCGUUACUGCAGAGUCGCUUUUCCCCACCACUACUCCCUGAUGGAAAAGGACCAAAGCAAACACUGCAAUACUUUCCACAGGGAAACCCUACCCCGGCACCCCAGGCACAGUCUGGUAACCCGCAUCUAAAUCCUUCAAAUACCUCCGGAACGCAAGGGCCUGGACCUUCACCCAAGCAAAUUCAAAUGCCUUUUCCUUUAGAAAUGGUAACAGGUAAUCCUCCGUCUAUGACACCAUCAUUUGGACCUUCACAACGCAUGCCUGGACCAUCCAAUAGAAUGUGCAGCCCAGAUGCUAUGUAUCCUCAGGGAUACCCUGCCUCUAACAGACCCAGACACCAAAUGCCAGGGUAUAUGGGUGGACCUAGACCACCAAUGCAGUAUGGAGGCCCCCCUAUGGGAAUGCCAAACACUAUGGGUCAACAAAUGCCUGGGAAUUAUGGGCCUGGUUUCGGCCCACCUCAAAUGCCUGGCAACAAUAUGGGGAUGGGUGACUCUAUGAUGCCAGGUUAUAAUAUGCCAAAGUAAGACACUCAUUGGACAAAGCAUGAUUGUAAUGAAUGAAUGACCUUGUUUUUGUGUAUGAUUCAAAUCCCUUGAUGCUGUUACUGAUGUGCAUUGUGAUGUGAUAUGGACUCCAUGGAGGAAUAGUAGAUGGCAUUGUUUGGCCUAUUCAAGACGGCCAAUGUGAAGCACACAUUGCAUGUGCUUACUAGUUCAUGGACCUAUAAUGGAGCGUUCACACCAUCAAUUGUCACCUGGAGGUACACAGACCUGUAGUGUCCUUGACUGAGAAGGCAUCUGAUAAUGGCCACACGUUGUACAUGUGUGUACAGUCCAUAAUGGUCAGUAAGACUUACAGUACCAUAUCUGCAUUACUACUGAUAAUGGGUCCAAAAGCGUGCUUGUGACUUUGAAAAAAGGUACUGCAUUUUCUGCUCUGAAAACUGGUGCAAAUAACAAUGAAUGUAUUCAGUGUGAUUGGUAUUGCAUAGGAAGUCAUGGCAGAUAGAUGAUUACGAAAUACAUACUUAGCAUGUCACAAGACCAUCACAGAGCAUUGCAUUUUGGGUAUAAAAUUAUUUAGCUUUCUAUGAAGUGCCAAAAUAUUGGGAGUAAAACAUCAGCCCUGUUGGAAGGUAAGCAUGAGAAACGCAUUGAUGAACUGUUUUUUUGUGCUUUAUUAUUGACAUUCUUUUUGAAUCAUAACCAGUGGCAUUAAAUGUCACUUCAAACUGUAGACUUGGAAGUCGUUUUCAUGAAAUCCAGGAGCACUUGUCAUGAGAAUGUAAUAGUUUUUGUAAUCAUUUGUAAUUGAUGAAGAUCUGCCAUGAUGAAGCAGUGUAUCUUGGGGCCAGUUUUCAUGGCACUAACACUCAGCUGAAAAGUGGUGCUUCCUGAAGACAAUUUGCUCACCUUGUGCAGACAUGGAGAUGUCUAUUGUUGCACCGUGAAGUAGUCGGGAUCUUGGAUUUGGUCUCCAUGAAAUGGACAGAGGCUCUGUCAGUAGCAGACAAUCCUGUGCUUAUCAGUGCCAUGAUAUUAAUCCCCAAGUGUUAACUAUAACAAGUAAUACCUAUUUAUCUCUUUGUUAAACGUUGAAGCCUCCAGUUUACCGAAUUUGUUUGUCAUACAUGUAAGGAGAGUUAUUGACAAAAACAACCUUUUUUGUAUGUUUUUUUUUAAAUCUCAAACCCUAAAUGUGCAAGAAGCAGAGGAAUGUUGAAAGCAGCACAGUAUUAUGGUGCUUCCAAAAUACAAAGCAAAGGAAUCAGG